AUGUCGGCCACAGCAGGCGGUGGCUUCGAAACUCAUAAGUCACUACCGAUGGAUCAAUUCGAACAGCUAUGGUCUCAGGCCCUCAGCGACUACACCAAGAAGACUAAGAUCGACCUCUCGAAGCACCCGUUGGCGAAAGACCUGGCUAUGCUCACCUCUCCCGAAGCUAUUUGUGACGUCUUUCAAGAGAAGAUGAAGCGAUACCGGAAAGAGGACACGAAGUGGGGCAGGAUCCGCAACGACUAUGUGAAGCCGAUUGUCAACGCCUUGCUGAUAGUCAACGAGACUUUGGGGGAGACGGCUGGCAACUUUUCCGUAAUCCCAGGCGGCAAAGUGCUCUUCGUUGCCUUCGGGGCUGUCCUUCUCGCUACGAAGGGGGUCUCGGAACGAUACGAUGCAUUGUUAGAUCUCCUGGACGAGAUCAAAAUAUUUUUCGAAUCCUUGCGCCUUCGCACCACGAGCCCUGCGAGCUGGCGUAACAAACUGUCUCGAAACAUCGCGUCUCUGAUCCUGGCGCACAUCCUUGACGCUUUCGCCCUUGCUACAAGUUUCAUAUCAUCUACCAACCGCUCGUGUGCGCGUCUACUACAUCUCGGUCAUAGCCUUACCGGCACCAAGGACAUGCAGGAAGCUCUGAAACGCUUGCGCUUGCUCACAACUCUGGAGUCCCAGGCGAUAUCAUCAGAAACGCGUGUAGACGUUGCCGAGUGUCGUGGCAUCGCGGCGCAGCUUCGACAAGAGUUGGGCAAGAUGAAGACGGUACAAGCACUCGACUCUCUGUCCUUGAAGAUCGUAGAGCGUAGCGUCGGGGAUGUAUUGUCUAAACUCGUCAUCGUCGCAAACGAGCUCCACGAGGCGGCGCUCAGCAUCGAAGAGAAAGCGGAGGCUCGCGAUCUGCUGGGAAGACUGGACCGUGUAGGCUUUGCGGACUUAAUAUCUCAGCGGCGCAGCGGAUGCUUGCCAGGAACUCGCGUCGCAGUCCUUGAUACCCUCUUCUCCUGGAGCAACGAUGCUGAUGCGCCACGCAUAUACUGGCUGAAUGGCAUGGCUGGCACUGGGAAGUCGGCGAUAGCGCGUUCAUUCGCUCAGAGGCUUCGGGAUAACGGCACUCUCGGCGGCAGCUACUUUUGCUCUCGUGAAAGUCAUCCUGAACUCGCUGACGCCAACCGGAUCGUGCCGACUCUUGCCGCGGCACUGGCUGGGUUCGAUGUCCAAUACAAGGUCGCGCUCUUAUCCGUAUUGAAACGAUACUCCUCCGAUGCGCAUCCGAGUACCUGGGUGAUCAAGCUGCAGGUCAAAAGGCUAUUCUUCGAACCGUACUCGUGUUAUAUGCGCGAGGUCUCGACGUCCCCUAUGCCUAUCUUGGUCAUUGAUGCCUUGGAUGAAGCGAGCGACGAUACUGUCGGCGAUCUUUUGGAUAGCUUGACAUCUGUGUCAAGGCGGCUGCCUAUCAAGUUCUUUCUUACCUCUCGCCCAGAAAGGCACAUCCGAUGGCGCUUGGACUCCUUUCAGUACGGCAACCAUCUACGGCUCCAUGACGUAGAGGAGACGAUAGUCACGGCAGACAUUCGCCUCUACAUCAAGCACCGGCUUAACGCUAUCGUUGAUCGGUUUCGAGGAAGGGCUGCGUUCCCCGAGGAUUGGCCGACCAGGCAAGACACGGAAUCUCUCGUCUCCUUGUCAGGAUCGCUGUUCAUCUAUGCGUUCACCACGACCGAACACAUCGGUGACCGCAAUCCCGUGAAGCGGAUGCAGGAUGUGCUCAACGUCCGGCGUCGAUUAUGGACGGCCGCGAAUCCCUUGAAUGACCUGGACCGCAUAUACACGUUCAUACUGAACGCCGCGACUGCGGAUCGUACUUUGGAAGAGCUGCUCUUGACGAAGCGCACUCUUGCUGCGAUCUUGGCCGCUCGAGAGCUUCUGAGCCUCCGCACAUUAGCCAGGCUACUAGGAUCUGCUGUUGACGAGAUUAGAGAUGCUCUCGACGAGCUCCAUGCAGUCGUCAAUGUGCCCGAAGAUGCUGACCAUGGAUCUGUGUCGACGCUGCAUGCUUCGUUCGGCGAUUUCCUCACGGAUCGUGAGCGCGUACAAGGCCUUAUGCAUGUCAACCUGGUAAAUGGUCACCGCGAUCUUGCCAUAGGUUGUCUCGAUGUUGCGCUGUCCGACGAUCUCCAUUUCAAUAUGAGUCGAGCACGAACAUCAUUCCUGUCAAAUGAAGAACAGGGCAUCACCGUCACCUUUGGUCACGAUGUCCAAUACGUUUGCAAGCAAUGGGUUCACCAUUCUCGCUCAGUCACUCGGCCAUCCGCGGCGUUCUUGAAUCAGGUUGCUGCAUUUCUGUCGACCAAAUUUCUAUUCUGGCUGGAAGGCCUCAGUGCAUUAGAUGUGGACCUAGAAGUGAUCUCCGAGUCCUCGAAGAGUUACGAUGAUUGGGAGCUCCCACAAGGCACGUCCUUUCCAAAGGUCAUGGUCCAAGAAGCUUGCGAUAUACUGGACAUGAUGGGAGGUGCUAUCAGAUGCAGUGCGCCACACGUCUACUUAUCGCUUUUACCAUUCAUGUUCCUAUUCCCGAACAUGGAAAAGGCUCAUAGAGCUUCCUUUGCGCUGACAGCUUCCCCCCACUUCCAAUGGCUCGACGAAAAUAUAGGCGACGAAGGGUAUCGACUCGUCGCAUGUUCUCAUGACAAGCGAUCCAUUGCGGCGGUCUCGGGAGAUUGCAAUAUCGACGUUUGGAGCCUCCCCGACGGAGAGCCGCAAAGACGACCUGAUACUUCACACGGCUCCCCUGGUCGCUUCGUGACCAUCACGUUCUCUCCUGACAGCACCUCCAUCUGGGCCGCAUCGCGCGAUGGCACAGUAUGGAUAUGGGAACGUGCCACUGGCCGAUACCUCACCCGAUGGGAGGGGAAGGCAACCACUCCUCUCGCCAUGGCUUUCUCUUCGGAUGGACGGUAUCUUGCUAUCGCAUCGAAGCCGCUCGAAGGAUAUCCCAACUGGUGUAUACAUCUUUGGGAACUCCCAAUCUCGGGUGACACAAGCGUUCAUCUCAAGGCCAAACUUCAACUCACUCCGGAGGACAUAGAUAGGUCUAGCGAUGAGCCCGCUUUCCGUAUGCUUGAAUUCUCCCCUUCUAGCUCUUACAUCGUGGUCGGCACGAGUGUCUUGGCGUUGUAUGGGUGGGACGUUGAGACCGGUGAACUCUGCCUACAACGCUGGCCGGAUUCAUUGGGCUUGAAGGACCAUUCUAUUAAUAUCACAGCACUCAACUUCCUAUCUGACCAUGAGAUCUUGUUUGGAUCACAAUGGGAUGGGGAACUACGAGUCCUUGACAUGAAUGCCGGCCAGCCUAGCUCUCAUCCGGAGCUAGUGGUUUCCGGCUACGAGCCUGAGACCAAGUUUGUUCCAGGCACUACCACUUCUUACAAAGGCCCUGAUGGCACGUUCAUGGCCACUGCACUUGUGAGCGGGAUCCAUCUCUGGAGUAUGGGCACGGGAGUCAGCACUAGACCUGAUCUUGAGGGUCAUGUCGGCCCCUUCGAUUUCAUCUCUAUCUCGAGGGAUGGAAGUUACAUCAUCUCGGGGGCGGGUUCGGGGAAUACCGACGGUCUCCUAGAUGAUAACGUUCUUGAUUACUCUAUCAUUGUCUGGGACAUAGAUCCAAGCUCAGAUAGAUGCAGAUCAGCCAUGAACAACGACUUUGAUCACUUCUAUCUCCCUGAUCACAACUCUGGAUUGCUACAAGGCCCGAAAAGAGAGCUCCUUCUGUACAUCCCGAAGAAGUUCCGCCAAUAUCUCCAGCAUCCGCCCAUCAUCCAUCGUUUCGCCGCCGGUCGGCUCACCAUCGACUGGACGGAUGCCGUGUAUGGCGAGGACUGGACGAAGUGUUAUAUGGGACCUAGGUGA